AUGCGUGAUUCCUCAAAAAAGAAGAGACUGAGUACCGCACAUGGUCCCCCAGUUGAGAAACGUCAACGCACGUCAAGUAACACCUACGAGUCGCUUUACGAAAUUGACGGUGAGAGCUCAUCAGAUUCAGAGCACAUUUUUAAUUACGAUAAAGAUACUAGUCCCGAAGAUAAAAAUGUAAUCAAUUUGAUAGACAGUGAUGAAGAUGAUAAAGAAGAAAAAGGAGGAGAAGAAGAAAAAGAAGAAGAAGAAGAUGAUGAUGAAAAUGGUAACAGUUCAGGUGAGAAUCAAAUUGAAAUCGAUGGUGAUAAAGUUGAAGAUAAGGAAAUAUCACCUUCAGAUCAAGAAAAAUUAAUAGAAUCAACCUCAACUUCUUCAACAACUUCAUCAACCUCAUCAACAAAUCUGCCAGAAGCCAAUGAUCUUGCAAAGAAUGACGACUUUAUUGAAUUCGGAUUUCUGUCCUCAGAUGAAGAUGAAGACGAAGACAGAGAUGAUGGAAAUGGAGGUAUAAACUCAGUAGCAGAAGAAAUAGAUGACACCUCGAGACCAGAGGACCUACAUACUAAUUCGCAAUAUCCUUGGGUGAAAAACCACGAUCAUUCGCGCCAGAAAGAGAUUGCAGAUUGGCUUACAAUGGAGAUGAAGGAUUUUGUGAAUUACAUAUCGCCGUCGAGUGAAGAAAUCGUGAUUAGGAAUAAAGUGGUAAACACUCUCAAGACACAGAUUGCACUCUUUUGGCCCGGAACAGAAGCACAUGUUUUUGGAUCGAGUGCGACUGAUUUAUACUUGCCAGGCUCUGAUAUUGAUAUGGUUGUUCUUUCUGAUACAGGAGACUACGAGAACCGUUCAAGGUUGUACCAACUUUCCUCUUUCUUGAAGGCCAAGAAACUAGCCACCAACGUUGAAGUGAUUGCAAGUGCCAAGGUCCCGAUCAUCAAAUUUGUAGAUCCAGAUUCCAACAUUCACGUGGAUAUAUCGUUUGAAAGAAAAAAUGGUCUCGAUGCUGCUAGGCGAAUACGAAAAUGGUUAGCCUCGACCCCAGGUCUAAGGGAGUUAGUAUUGGUGGUAAAACAAUUCUUACGGUCAAGAAAACUCAAUAAUGUUCAUGUUGGAGGUCUAGGGGGAUACGCCACCAUUAUCAUAUGUUUUCAUUUUUUACGGCUGCAUCCAAAACUCUCGACUGAAUCUAUGAGCUCACUAGAUAAUUUGGGAGUAUUAUUGAUUGAGUUUUUUGAGCUUUACGGAAGAAACUUUUCGUAUGAUAAUUUGAUAAUCUCUUUAGACCCUAAAACCGAGGAGCCCAGAUACUUACCCAAGGGAAGAUAUUCAGUCUUGAAUACUGCGCGAAAUACAUUUGCUAUUGUUGUACAGGACCCAGCAGAUCCAAACAAUAACAUCACAAGAUCAUCUUACAAUUUGCGGGAUUUGAAGAAAGCUUUUGGAGGGGCUUACCAACUUCUUGUUGCCAAAUGUUACGAAUUACACGCAGCAUCUUAUAGAGCACGUUUGGGCCAACUGAUCCUUGGAGACAUCAUUAAAUACAAAGGGAAAGAGCGACACUUUAGAGACGAGAGACAUAUGGUUGUUAACGAAGCAUUGAUUAGCCACGAGGAAGAAACAACAAGCCUCGAUGGGAAAAAAAUUGUUACAAAAAGUAACGACGAAUUUUAUUUCUCUGACAUGACGGAUAGUGACGAAACUGAGGAAUAUAAACCACAACUUUUAAAAGUCAAAUCACAUAAAACAAUCAGCCCUACACCCGUGACAAAUAAGGCAAAAGAUACGAAAAAACUCGUCGAAUCUUUCCUUGGGCUUGAGAAAUCUGAAGAUGAAAAUGAUGCAAACAACGAUGAUCUGGAGUAUGACCCAGAAAAGCUGCUUCCACCAAAACCAAAAAGCAAUCUCGAUAAGGAUGUUAAGAGAGACUAUUGGAGACAGAAAGGAUUGGAAUUGUAA